AUGCAUAAUAAUUAUCUGUCAAAUAUCGGCUACCCCGACAUCUACGAAAAUGUAAUAUACCCCGGAAUGAAAGAAUGCAUCACUGCGGCCAUGAUAGCUCACAGAGACAAAAUUGACAAAAGAAAAAAUUGUUUUGAACUCUACGGGGCAGACUUUAUGCUGACAGAAUCAUUCCAACCCUGGCUGCUAGAAAUCAACUCUAACCCAGCCCUGCACGCAUCCACACCCGUGACGUCUAGAAUGUGCCCGGACGUACUAGAAGACGUCAUCAAAGUGGUCGUUGACAAUGCAAGAAACAACAGGGCCGAUACAGGCAACUUCGAACUUGUGUACAAGGACAAACUGGAAUACCAAAAAGUGAACGCGAAGGCUCAGUUCGAGAUUACCGGGUCUCCGGUAACGGAAGACUACUUCUGUGACGUAGCCGCAAAAACUAGUAGUCACUCCGAACGGAAUAGCUUUAAGCAACUCGAUCCCAGUAAAGCUCCAUUCAUCAAAAAACAUUUAAAUAAACAAUGUCGCUCGUUCGGGGUCCGUCAAAGCUUCGACCUUGCUCAGCCGGAAGUCCAGUGGUAUUGCAGUACUGCAACGCGCUGCUGCGGCCGUGCGAUUGCAGCUCGACUGAACCACCCACCUUCCAGCAGACCCAGAGACCUAGUUUCGGUCGGACGGGUCCCCACCAUCAGAAGAGGCUCCCACCUGACCAUCGAGACCAUUUCUACGCGCGGUAACAACGAAGAUGGUGAUGAGUACCACCACUUGAGAUGGGUACCGAUACGUUCAGGUGGAUUUGGGGGAUCUUCUUUUUGGUGA